AUGGACUACACAGUUCAUACCUCAGCUACUCCAGCAAAUCGCGGCCCGUCGCUACUGCAAGGCCCCUCUUCCCCUCCUCUCAAACAUAUAACUCUUGGCCAGCUUCUCGACGAACAAAUUCAUGUCCAGGGUCCCACCGAGUGUAUAGUUUGUCCUUCCCUAAAAACUCGAUGGACCUACAACACUCUGCAGAGGGAAAGCCUCGAAAUUGCCCAAGGACUACUUUCGAUCGGCGUGAAACCAGGCGAUAGGAUUGGAAUCUUGGCUGGGAACUGUGCCGAAUAUAUUGCUGUUUUCUUCGCUGUGGCGUAUAUUGGAGGAGUACUGGUUGUUCUGAACAAUACAUACACGGCGAGUGAGGCGUUACAUGCUCUGGCUCAUUCUGGAUGUAGAAUACUCUUCUCACAGCCGAAUAUAGGACGAGUGAGCAUGAAAGAUCUUUUAGUACACCUUGGUCCCCAGCCGAAGGGGAACGGCAAGUCCGAGAUGUUGGAACGAAUUAUCAUGUUGAGGGAUUCUUUGGAAGGAUUCGCCACUUACAGUAAUCUCAAAACUGAAGGCAGAAGCAUCCCAUCUGCGGUUUUGGAUAGAGCACGCGAGAAGGUAUAUCCAGACGAUGUCUGCAACCUCCAGUAUACGAGCGGGUCAACGGGCCAUCCAAAAGCUGCCAUGCUUACACACUUCAACCUCGUCAACAAUGCACAAUCCAUUGGAGACCGCCUCUGUUUUACGCCGGCUGAUAUCCUAUGUUGUCCACCUCCUCUAUUCCACUGUUUUGGUCUUGUCUUAGGUGUCCUGGCUGUCAUUUCCCAUGGAGCCAAAAUAAUUCUCCCGUCACCAACAUUUUCGGCCCGGGCUGUCCUCGAAUCUCUAUCUGCAGAACGGUGCACCGCGCUACAUGGAGUUCCCACGAUGUUUGAAGAGCUUUUAAAUCUAGAGAGGCCCAGGGGUUGGAAAUGCGAUGUAUUGAGGACGGGCAUUAUCGCAGGUGCGCCGGUCCCAAGACGUCUUAUGAAAAGAUUGGUAGGAGAGUUGGGGAUGGCAGAAUUUACCAGUAGCUACGGUCUAACAGAAGCAUCCCCAACCUGUUUCAAUGCCUUUACCCACGAUAGCAUCCAUACACGCCUCACUACGGUGGGCAAACUUCUCCCCCAUCUCCGUGCCAAGAUCGUUGACCGAACUGGUGCCAUUGUACCACAAGGUUCGCGAGGUGAAUUAUGCAUUGCCGGUUACUCUCUUUCAAAGGGAUACUUCAGGAACCCGGAAAAGACAAACGAGGCUCUGCGGAUGGAUGAAGAGGGGACUUUGUGGCUAUAUACGGGCGACGAAGCAUCAUUCAAUGAGGAUGGGUAUUGUACAAUCACAGGAAGAUUUAGGGAUAUUAUUAUCCGAGGAGGCGAGAACAUCUACCCCGUCGAAAUUGAAGAUCGCCUUUGUGCACACGCCUCCAUCUCACGCGCAGCGGUUGUAGGCAUCCCCAAUGCACGAUAUGGCGAAGUGGUUGGUGCAUUCCUUCAGCAUUCAACUGAUUCCCCCUCGCCCCCUAAGAAACCAACGGACGAAGAAAUUCGUACUUGGACCCGACAGGCCUUGGGUUGGCACAAGGCGCCGGUACAUAUUUUCUGGCUUGGGGACGAGGGAGCCCCACGCGAUAUUCCACAGACAGGAAGCGGAAAGAUUCAAAAGUUUGAAUUACGGGCGUUGGGGGAGAGUAUUGUUAAUGCGAGAGAGAAUAGACAGAAGCUGAGGAUAGAAAAGGGGGCAAAAUUGUGA